GCCGCGCGCAGGAGGAGCUCCAAAGGCGGCCGCGCUUUGGCCCGAUCUUCGUCACAGGUGUCCGGUCCUCGGCCCACGAUGAUCCAGCUGCUGCUGCUGCUGCUGCUCCUCUGCGCCGCUGGAGCGCAGCCGCAUCCUCCCGUGACCGUCAGAAACUACUACAUCGCUGCAGUGGAAAUUGGCUGGGACUACAUUCACCUGGACGGUGGGAGCGCAGGCUCUGAGCAAAGAGCCAAACUCAAAGACACCGCCAAAAAGUACAUCAAAGCAGUUUACAGAGAGUACACGGAUUCCACCUACAGCGUCCCCAAACCCAGACCUCCCUGGGCAGGUAUUCAAGGUCCAGUCAUCUACGCGCAGCCGAGGGACCGUGUGGUGGUCCACUUCAAAAACCUGGCCUCACAGCCGUACAGCAUCAGCCCUGUUGGAGUCACCUACUGGAAACAGAGUGAAGGAGUUGGGUAUGAUGACUCCACAGCAGGCCAGGAAAAGGAAGACGAUGCUGUGGCCCCUGGUGGAUACUAUGAGUAUGUUUGGGAGAUUAGUCCUAAUGACGGUCCAACGGCGAGCGACCCCGAGUGCCUCACCUACUCCUACUCAUCCCAGGUGAAUCCUGUGAGGGAUGUGAACUCAGGACUCAUCGGAGCGUUGCUCAUCUGCAAGAAACCUGGUCCGUUGAACGAAAAAGGCGAGAGGAAAAAUCCAGCCUUCGUCCUCAUGUUCGCUGUGUUUGAUGAGAAUAAGAGCUGGUACGGUGAGGUGGGAGAAAGGAAGAGCAGGGGGAGGUAUCAGAGGACGAAGAGCAAGGAUGAGUAUCACACCAUCAACGGAUACAUCAACUCUACUUUGCCUGGCUUGACUAUGUGCCAAGGAAAGACUAAUGUGUUUUGGCAUCUAAUUGGACUGGGAACAGCUCCCAGAAUUCACUCCAUUCAGUUCCAGCAUCACGCUCUGCAGGUCCUAAAUCACCGUAAGGUCACGCUGGAGAUGACAUCAAUGAGCCUCAUCACUGCCGAGAUGAGACCUGCCACCGUCGGCCACUUCUCCAUCAGUUGUCAGAUCCACGCUCACCGCUCUGAUGGGAUGCAAGCGGAAUUCACUGUGGACAAAUGCCCCACAGUGGCUCCCCCGCCGGGGCCGGAUCGGCGCAACGCCAAGCACAGUGACUAUGACUAUUUCGACGUUGAGAUCAUGGCACCGUUUGAACCCAGAUCCAGAGGUCCUCAUCCCCAGAGCUGGGAGCAUUUUAUUGCUGCAGAAGAAAUCACUUGGGAUUAUGCUCCUCAUCUCUCCUCCUCUGACAGUGAGCUGCAGUCCAGGUAUCUUCCAUCCCGCCCUCACCACUCCAGCUACAGGUAUAAAAAGGUGGCGUAUGUGGAAUACACCGACGCAUCCUUCACUCGGAGGAAGCAUCCGGCCAAUACAUUUUUAGGCCCACUUCUGAAGGGGAAAAUCAACGAUCAGCUUCGUAUAACCUUCAAAAACCUGGCCAGUCGUCCUUACAACAUCUACCCCAACAGCCUCUCCAACGUCUCUCCAAUGUAUCGAUCUGUGAACGCAGCUAAAAAUGACCUGCGCUCACUGGGCAUUCAGCCCAACGACACAUUCGGAUACAUUUGGAAGCUGACCCCUGAGGACGGACCGCUGGAGGGCGACCCUCCGUGUCUGACCCAGCUGUAUCAGAGCGCAGUCUCUCCAGAGGAAGACUUGGCUUCGGGGCUGGUUGGAAGUCUGCUGGUCUGCGGAUACGAAGCCCUCGACCCGAGUGGAAACCUGACCGGCGCAGAUCAGGAUUCCGCUCUGAUAUUUGGCGUCUUUGACGAAAACAAAAGUUGGUACCGUGAAGAAAACAUUCCAGAAUCAGCGAGGAACUCUUCCCAGAUCACAGAAGCUGAAUUUUACAACUCCAAUGUCAUAUACAGUAUAAACGGCCUCAUGUUCCGUGGGCGUGGGUUUGUGAUGUGCAAGACUGAUGUGGCCUUCUGGCACGUGGCCAGCGUGGGCACCCAAAGUGACUUCCUCUCAGUCUACUUCACGGGGAACCUCUUCUUAAACCAGGGCCUUUAUCACUCAGUGCUCACUCUGUUCCCAAUGACUGGCAUGACUGUCGCCAUGGAGAUGGAGCUGAUGGGCGAGUGGGAGAUCAGCGCCUUCGAUGGAAGCCUCAGGAACCAAGGGAUGAGUGUCUAUUACGUCGUCCGAACCUGUAACAAGAGAGAAAACCCCAUGGUGGACGAUGAUGAUGACAUUGAAGAAGACAUCUCUGACUACAUGGACCUGAUUGAUCAGCAGCCGAGAGGUUUUAAACCUCAGAAACUUAAAAUGAUGAUCGAGCUGUGCAGAAAAGUUUGGGACUACCAGAAUGCUACCACAGGAAGUGGUAAGGAAAGUCUUCCGGAUGCAGGAAACCAAACCACAGUGUCCGAAGGACUGAUUCCUCUGGAUGUGUUGAAGGAGUUGGAGGAAGAAGAGAAGAUGGAUUCACAGAAUGAAACGGAGUUCGAAGGACGUGCGAGACAGAGGAGAGAAGCAGAGGGCAAUUGGACCGAUGGAGAACACAAGGAAAACAUGAUAGUACAGGAUCAGGGGAAAGUUUUGGACAAUCAUACGGACGGUGCGUCAGAAGACGAAAAUAUCAAGAGGAUUGCAGAGUAUAAUGAAAUCAUCCCGGAGGGAACCAGAGCACCAAAGACAGAGAUUCCUGCUGGCGAGGAGGGUGAAUUUCAGGGCAUGGAUCUUGGUCUUGUUCCUCCGAGUCAAUACCCUGAGGACCAAAUGGAUUACCCGCCCGGUGAGGAUUACAGUUACCUCACGCUGGACAACAACGGCACACACUUUGAUCUGUCUCUGGAGUACGACGACUACAGCGACGAGAGCAACAUCACGUUCGAUGGAUUUGGAGCCGCACAUAUUGAUGUGAGAUCCGGUGGGAGUAAAUUUAGCCACUACUAUAUCGCCGCCCAGGAGGUCACAUGGGACUAUGGCAUCCCGAAGCCACAGCAGCUUCUAACACCAAGGGAGAUGCAACGUGGGAUGAGGAAGUUCCUGCCUGACUACAAGAAGGUGGUGUUUCGAGAGUACAGGGAUAAGACGUUUCAAGAGCCUCUUCACAGAGGCGUGUUGGCGGAGCACCUGGGACUCAUGGGGCCCUUAAUCAGAGCAGAGAUUGGUGAUCUUCUUUACGUGGUAUUCAAGAACAACGCAUCCAGACCCUUUUCCUUCCACCUACAUGGAAUUUAUGACCACAGCCAGGGGGCCGGCUUCACUCAGAGCCUUUCUUCUUCUGCUCCGUUCGGUGUUCCUGGGGAUCCGGUUCCCCCCGGACAGGCACGCACGUACGUCUGGAAGGUGUCUGAGAAACAGGGACCUUCCCAAGCAGAAUUCGACUGCAAACCUGGAGCGUACUACUCCACUGUGGACAAGGAGCGAGACCUUCACUCGGGGCUGAUCGGCCCCUUGCUUAUUUGCCGAAGCGGGACCCAGGGCCGAAGGCUGAACACCACCAUCCAGGAGUUCUCCCUCCUCUUCCACUCUUUUGAUGAGACGAAAAGCUGGUACUUUGAGGAGAACCUGCAGAGGCACUGCGCUCCUCCCUGUCAUGCUAAUCCCGAGGACCCCUGGUACCACACCAGUAACACGUUUUCAGCGAUCAACGGCUAUGUGGCGGAGACUCUCCCCGGUCUGCUGGUGGCACAGCAUCAGCUAGUGAGGUGGCACCUCAUGAAUGUGGGGCGCGAUGGAGAGUAUCACGCUGUCCAGUUCCAUGGCCUGCCCUUCACCGUGCACACUGAAAAGCAGCAUCGUAUGGGGGUCUUCAACCUCUUCCCUGGUGUGUUUGGCUCUGUGGAAAUGAGACCCUCCACGGCCGGCACCUGGCUGGUGGAGUGCACUGUAGGAGACUAUCAGCUGGCUGGCAUGAGGGCCAAGCUCCUGGUUUAUGACCCGCGAUGCAAGCAGCCCCUGGGCAUGAGGUCAGGGAGGAUCAAUGAUUCACAGAUCAUUGCAUCAGACCACAUCGGACGCUGGGAGCCGCAACUGGCCCGACUGCAUCAGUCCGGAUACAUCAACGCCUGGAUGGGCAGGAGUGCUUCCUCCUGGAUUCAGAUUGACCUCCUAAAGCCCAUGCUGGUGCACGGAGUGCAGACCCAGGGUGUCCGCUCCAAACUGAAGGAUUACUACGUCUCACACUUCCUCGUCUCCCACAGCCUCGACCAGGAGACCUGGAUGCCCUACCGGGGAAAUACGAGCAGAGAGAGCAAGAUCUUCUCUGGGAGCAUUGACAGUUCCACGGUGAAGCAGAACCUCUUCCAUCACCCCUUUGUGGCACGUUACGUCCGAAUCCUCCCGCGGAACCCCAGGCCUGCGCUGCGGCUGGAGCUGCUGGGCUGUGACCUCAACAGCUGCUCCUUCCCGCUUGGCCUCCAGAAGUUAUUAAUUCCCGACACCGACCUCCGUGCCUCCUCGAAUUAUUCGUCGUUCCUGCGGCACUGGGGCUCAAACCUCGCUCGGCUCCAUCUGGAGGGCAGCGUCAACGCCUGGAGGCCAAAGACCAACAACCCUCAUGAGUGGCUGGAGGUGGACCUGGGGAGUGUCAAGCGCAUCACGGGGGUGGUGACCCAGGGGGCCAAGUCACUGCUGACACCGAUGAUGGUGACAGAGUUUGCAGUCUCCGUCAGCGACGACAGACAAUCCUGGAGCUCUGCCAUGGAGCCCGGCUCCCAGAGAGUAAAGAUUUUCCCUGGGAACAGUGACCCUGAUGAGGAAGCCUACAACGUGAUCGAGCCUCCACUCUUUGGCCGCUACAUCCGCAUCAAUCCCCGAGGAUGGAUCAACGACAUCGCUCUGCGCCUGGAGGUGCUGGGCUGCGACACACAACAGUCCUACUGAAACAUGACAUAUUGAUAUACACUGGCUGAGAGUCAGGCUUCCAACCACAUGGUGCGGCGCUGCUGCACUGUUGUAAAUAUAUUACAUACACUUGUUAAAUAAAAAGAAAAAAUCA